AUGAUGGCAUCGAGAGCACUCGCACGAUCAGUCGCGAAACGCUUCGCGAUCAACAGAGGAGGAGAAACGAUUAUUCGACCGUUCGCGGCCAUCGCGGCCUCGGACUUGGCGCCGGUGUUAGGCCAAGACGAGAACAGCGUCUUUUUGAAAUGGAGCUCCCCGGAGACGCAGAACUUUACGCACAGAGGGAUUUUGGCGCAAGACGAGUGCAAGGUUUGGAAGAGAAUGGAAAAGUUGGAUCGAAUUUUUAACCCGAUCGAUCAACUUUUCUCUCUCUCUUUCUCUCUUUCGGCAAAUCAUUUCCACGCAUCACUCACGCGGGCAAUACUCUCUUCUCACUUCUUAUUCUCAACGCUAUCUCCUCAGGUCACGACUUUACCGUCUGGUUUACGCGUCGCCACGGAAGCGACGCCGUAUAGCGAAACGGCCACCAUCGGUGUCUGGAUUGAUGCCGGAUCGCGAUACGAGUCCAAGGAGACGAACGGCACCGCGCACUUCCUGGAACACAUGGCGUUUAAAGGCACCGCGAAACGAACGGCGGCGUCUUUGGAACAAGAGAUUGAAGAUAUGGGUGGACACUUGAAUGCGUACACGUCGAGAGAACAGACGACGUAUUACGCCAAGGUGUUGAAGAAGGAUAUCGGCAAAGCGGUGGACAUCUUGUCGGACAUUUUGCAAAGAUCGGCGUUAGAGCAGAGAGCGAUCGAGAGAGAACGCGGGGUCAUUUUGAGAGAGUCAGAGGAAGUGGAGAAGGAAAUCGAGGAGGUUUUGUUCGAUCACUUGCACGCGACGGCGUUUCAGCAUACCGGGUUGGGUCGAACCAUUCUUGGCUCAGCGGAUAACGUGAGAAAAAUCACGAGAGAGGAUUUGGAAAAGUACAUCAAAACGCAUUACACGGCGCCUAGAAUGGUUGUAGUCGGAACUGGCGCGGUUGAUCACGAUCAGUUGGUGAAAUUAACAGAGUCUGCGUUCAAAGAUUUGCCGACGCAAGGUGUCUCCACCAAGGAUGCCAUCACGUCCGACCCGGGACACUUCACCGGUUCGGAAGUGCGAAUCAGAGACGACGAUAUGAAAGUGACUAACUUUGCGGUCGCGUUUAAGGGUGCAAGCUGGACGUCGCCGGAUGCAAUGCCGUUGUUGGUCAUGCAAGCAAUGUUGGGUUCGUGGGAUAAAAACGCCCCGGGCGCGUCGGAUGUGACGUCGAAGUUGGCGCAAAUCUUUCACUCCAACGACUUAGGAAACUCUUUCAUGACUUUCAACACCAACUACUCCGACACUGGUUUGUUCGGCGUACACGUAGCGACGGAGAAGAACGAUGCGCUGGACGACGUUGCGUUUGCCGUAAUGCGUGAGUUUCAAAACUUGAUUUACCAAAGCCAACCGGAACACGUGGAAAGAGCGAAGCAAGCUUUGAAGGCGUCUCUUACUUUGCACCAAGAGUCCUCCACGUCGUCGAACGCGGAAGAAAUUGGUAGACAAUUGUUGACGUAUGGCAAGAGAAUGACGAGAGCGGAAUUAUUUGCGAGAAUUGACGCGGUAAACGCGGAGACGGUGAAGGAGACGGCGUGGAAAUACAUUCGGGAUCAAGAGUUGGUGAUUGCCUCCAUCGGCGCGACGCAAUUCCUCCCGGAUUAUAACUGGUUCAGAUCCUCCACGUACAAUAACUUCUAUUAA